CAGCGUUUCGUGGCUGCUGCUUUCUUUCGCUCGCUUACUCCUUUCAUUUCACUUUAUUUCGUUCGCAUGCACGCACGUUGGCCGCGGAGCAACAUCUCCAGCAAACAGAAACAGAAACAGAAACCGAAACCAAAACCAAAACCGAAACAGAAACAAAAAAUAAUACAUGAAACGUAAAAAAACCAAACGAAGCUACAAAUACAAAUAACAAAAAACAAAUAACACGGCAGCAGCCGUCGCUCAGACGCGGAACUUGGCUCGAACUAUAGUUUAGUUUUGUCAGUUUCAGUGGCCAGUGGCUAAAGUGCGGUGAUAUCGGGCGAAACGGUUAGCGGUUAACGGUUAACGGCUGACAGCCAGCGGUUCAGUACGCGCCAAAUCCUUUUUUUUCAAGUUUGUCACAGUUUCAGUGGUACUAACGAAAAAAAAAAACAGAAAACACAUCAGUAUAUGUAAAGUAUAGGCAAGAAUCUAAAGCCAAGAGUGUCUCAUUUCGAGGAUCAAAAACGGAGCAGCAACAUCAACCGAUUCAUUAUGUUUACAUAUUUUUUUCGAGUGACUUAAGUUUUGGCAAUGGACGCAGACUGCUUCUCCUUCUAAUCGAACCGAACCCAGUGACCUCGCAACAUGCUGUAGAAGAAGAAGCUAACAAACAAAUGGUUGUUGUGAUCAAAAGUGUCGUUUGAUAUGUGCCUGAAACUCGGUGUGUGCCCAGCCAAAAUGGCCCAGCAUCGUUCGCUUGUCCGUCUCUACCUGCCCACCUAGAAGCGCUGCCCGCCCAGAUGAAUGCCCAGCAGCCGCUGAUCCUGGAGCCUGGAUCCAAGGCCAGCAGUGUUGUUGCGGCAACUGCGGAACUAGAGGCAGCAACUGCCACCGGAUCGCUGGCCACGGCCUCGGCCACGGAGGCUUCUGCAGCGGACAGCUAUACCGCCGUGCAGCAGAACGGUGGCCACGAGGAGCAGCGCCUCAAUGGCAACCAUGGUUGUCGACGCGAGCAGCCGGAGGAUCGGCCGGAUCGGGCGGAUCAGCCGGAGCAGCCGGAUCAGCAGGAUGAGCCCGAGCCAGUCAAGGACGUGGCCAACAAGCUGACCAUUAUCAAGACGCCGCUGAAUAAGACUCUGCUCAAGAAGUGCAACAGCAACGGCAGCCUGCAGCUGCCGCAUGCCAAUAAUGGCAGCAGCAACAACGCCAAUAUUCGCAACAACAGCAGCAACAACAAUAGCAAUAACAAUAACAACAACAACAACAACAAUGUGGCCAGCAACGACGUCUGCGAUUCCGGUUUGCAAAGCGGAAAUAGCAAUGAACAAGAACCAUUUGCCAACAACGAUCGCCAUCACCACAUCUACCACCACCACCACCAUCACUACCAUCAUCACCACGGCGGCGAUAAGAGCGAGGCGAGCGGCGACGUUGCAUCCUCGUCCGCCGCGGAUCUCGCCAUCGCGCAGGUCAAGGACGAGCCCACAGUGCUGGAUGGCCAGGACAAUCAAGCAGCAGGAGCGGCUGCGGGAGCGGCAGGAGCUGCAGAGGCAGGCGGCGCAACUGCGGCUGCAGCCACGUGCAGCCCCAGCAAGUGCAACAAGUGCAACGCGCACAACAACAACAGCAACUGCAACAAUAACAAUAAUACCAUCAGCAACAACAACAAUAACAAUAAUAAUAAUACAAGCAGCAAUACAACCAUUGCCAACAACAACAACAACAACAACAACAGCAACAACAAUAAUAACAAUAACCAUUACAACAAUUACAAUAACUAUUAUAAGAAAAAGUCUCGUAUGCCGCCCAUUUGCCGAAUUAUGACACUGAGCCGUGGCCCGUACAGCGAGCUCGAUAAAAUGAGCCUUUUUCAAGACCUCAAACUCAAACGGCGCAAAAUCGAUUCGCGAUGCAGCAGUGACGGCGAGUCCAUAGCGGACACGUCCACCUCGUCGCCGGACCUGCUGGCGCCCAUGUCGCCGAAGCUCUGCGACAGCGGCUCGGCGGGGGCGUCGAUGGGGGGCACCCUGCCCCUGCCCCUGCCGCUGGCCCUGCCCCUGCCGAUGGCUCUGCCACUGCCCAUGUCGCUGCCCCUGCCCCUUACGGCGGCAUCUUCGGCGGUCACCGUUUCGCUGGCAGCGGUCGUGGCGGCGGUGGCCGAAACGGGUGGAGCUGGAACAGCAGUAACAGCAUCGGGAGCAGGACCCUGCGUCGCCACGUCCUCCACGACGGCAGCGGCAGCCACAUCCUCGACCUCCUCGCUCUCGUCCGCCUCCUCUUCGUCGUCCUCCACGUCCUCCAGCACCUCCUCCGCCUCGCCGACAGCUGGAGCCUCCUCCACGGCCACCUGCCCCGCCAGUAGCAGCAGCAGCAGCAGCAGUGGAAACGGAAACGGGAACGGCAGCGGGGGCAAAAGUGGCAGCAUCAAGCAGGAGCACACGGAGAUACACUCGUCGAGCAGUGCGAUUUCGGCGGCCGCCGCCUCAACGGUGAUGUCACCGCCGCCCGCAGAGACGUCGAGAUCCAGUCCAGCCACGCCCGAAGUGGGCGGACCCGCUGGCGUCGGCAGUGGAGCAACGGGAGGAGGUGCCACGAGCGGCGGACAAGCUGCUGGAGUGGCCAUCAACGAACACCAAAACAAUGGCAAUGGCAGCGGCGGGAGCAGUCGAGCCUCUCCCGAUUCGCUGGAGGAGAAGCCCUCUACCACAACGACCACGGGUCGUCCAACGCUCACGCCCACCAAUGGGGUGCUGUCCUCCGCCUCGGCGGGCACGGGGAUUUCCACAGGAAGCAGCGCCAAGCUGAGCGAGGCCGGUAUGAGUGUGAUACGCUCCGUGAAGGAGGAGCGGCUGCUCAACGUGUCCAGCAAGAUGCUGGCGUUCCAUCAACAGCGGGAGCAAGAGACCAAAGCAGUGGCGGCUGCAGCAGCAGCAGCAGCAGCAGCAGCGGCGGGCCAUGUGACGGUUCUAGUGACGCCAUCGCGCAUCAAAUCGGAGCCACCGCCGCCGGCCUCACCCUCCUCCACAUCCAGCACGCAAAGGGAGAGGGAACGAGAACGCGAUCGGGAGAGGGAUCGCGAGAGGGAACGCGAGCGUGACCGUGAUCGGGAACGGGAACGGGAACAGUCCAUCAGCUCCUCGCAGCAGCACCUCAGCCGGGUCUCCAGUCCACCCACCCAGCUGUCGCACGGCAGCCUGGGCCCCAACAUCGUGCAGACGCACCAUCUUCACCAGCAACUCACACAGCCGCUGACGCUGCGCAAGAGCAGCCCGCCCACAGAGCACCUGCUCAGCCAGUCCAUGCAACAUCUCACCCAGCAGCAGGCCAUCCACCUGCACCACCUACUUGGCCAGCAGCAGCAGGCAUCGCAUCCCCAGCAGCAGCAGCAGCAGCAGCACUCGCCCCACUCCCUGGUGCGGGUGAAAAAGGAACCGAAUGUGGGUCAGCGGCACUUGUCGCCGCACCACCAGCAACAGUCGCCGCUCCUGCAGCACCACCAACAGCAGCAGCAGCAGCAGCAACAGCAGCAGCAUCUACACCAGCAACAGCAGCAGCAGCAGCACCACCAGCAGCAGCCCCAGGCACUGGCCCUCAUGCAUCCCGCUUCCCUGGCGCUGAGGAACAGCAACCGGGAUGCGGCCAUCCUGUUCCGGGUGAAGAGCGAAGUGCACCAGCAGGUGGCCGCCGGGCUGCCGCAUCUGAUGCAGUCCGCCGGUGGAGCAGCGGCCGCCGCCGCAGCAGCAGUGGCCGCGCAGCGAAUGGUGUGCUUCAGCAAUGCCAGGAUCAAUGGCGUGAAGCCGGAGGUGAUUGGAGGACCGCUGGGCAACCUGCGGCCCGUGGGCGUGGGUGGCGGCAACGGAAGUGGCUCCGUGCAGUGUCCCUCGCCGCAUCCUUCCUCCUCGUCGUCCUCGUCGCAGCUGUCGCCGCAGACGCCCUCCCAGACGCCGCCCCGUGGCACGCCCACCGUCAUAAUGGGCGAGAGCUGCGGGGUGCGCACCAUGGUCUGGGGCUACGAGCCACCGCCGCCCUCGGCGGGUCAGACCCACGGCCAGCACCCGCAGCAGCAGCAGCAGUCGCCCCACCACCAGCCGCAGCAGCAGCAGCAGCAGCAACAGCAGCAGUCACAGCAGCAACAGCAGCAGCAGCAGGCGCAGCAGCAACAGACGCUGGGCCAGCAGCAGCACUGCCUCUCCUCGCCCUCGGCGGGCUCACUGACGCCAUCCUCCUCCUCCGGCGGCGGUUCGGUGUCUGGCGGCGGAGUGGGCGGACCACUCACGCCCUCGUCGGUGGCGCCGCAGAACAACGAGGAGGCCGCCCAGCUGCUGCUCUCCCUGGGACAGACGCGCAUCCAGGACAUGAGAGCGCGGCCACACCCCUUCCGCACACCGCACGCCCUCAACAUGGAGCGACUGUGGGCGGGCGACUACUCGCAACUGCCGCCCGGCCAGCUGCAGGCCCUGAAUCUCAGUGCCCAGCAGCAGCAGUGGGGCAGCAGCAACUCCACGGGCCUCGGCGGCGUAGGCGGCGGCCUGGGCGGACGCAGCCUGGAGGCGCCGCACGAGCCGACCGACGAAGACGAACAGCCGCUCGUGUGCAUGAUCUGCGAGGACAAGGCCACCGGCCUGCACUACGGCAUCAUCACCUGCGAGGGGUGCAAGGGCUUCUUCAAGCGGACGGUGCAGAACCGACGAGUCUACACCUGCGUGGCGGACGGCACCUGCGAGAUAACCAAAGCACAGCGCAACCGUUGUCAGUAUUGUCGAUUUAAGAAGUGCAUCGAGCAGGGCAUGGUGCUGCAAGCCGUUCGCGAGGAUCGCAUGCCGGGCGGUCGCAACAGUGGCGCCGUCUACAAUUUGUACAAGGUGAAGUACAAGAAGCACAAGAAGACCAACCAGAAGCAGCAGCAGCAGCAGCAGGCCGCCCAGCAGCAGCAGCAACAGGCGGCGGCGCAGCAGCAGCACCAGCAGCAGCAGCAGCAUCAGCAGCACCAGCAGCAUCAGCAGCAGCAAUUGCACUCGCCGCUGCACCAUCACCACCACCAGGGUCACCAGUCGCACCAGUCGCACCACGCGCAGCAGCAGCACCACCCGCAGCUGUCGCCGCACCACCUGCUGUCGCCGCAGCAGCAGCAACUUGCCGCCGCGGUGGCAGCCGCUGCGCAGCACCAGCAGCAACAGCAGCAACAGCAGCAGCAGCAGCAGGCCAAGCUGAUGGGCGGCGUGGUGGACAUGAAGCCCAUGUUCCUUGGUCCCGCUUUGAAGCCGGAGUUGCUGCAAGCACCUCCCAUGCACAGUCCGGCACAGCAACAGCAGCAGCAGCAGUCCUCGCCGCAUCUCUCGCUCAGCUCGCCGCACCAGCAACAGCAGCAGCAGCAGCAGCAGGGACAGCACCAAAACCACCACCAGCAACAAGGCGGUGGUGGCGGAGGAGCUGGUGGAGGAGCCCAACUGCCGCCGCACCUGGUUAACGGAACGAUACUGAAAACGGCCCUGACCAAUCCCAGCGAGAUUGUGCAUCUGCGCCACCGCCUCGACUCGGCGGUCAGUUCGUCCAAGGACCGACAGAUCUCGUACGAGCACGCCUUAGGCAUGAUCCAGACGCUGAUCGACUGCGACGCAAUGGAGGACAUAGCCACACUGCCGCACUUCAGCGAGUUCCUCGAGGACAAGUCGGAGAUCAGCGAGAAACUGUGCAACAUCGGCGAUUCCAUAGUUCACAAGCUGGUGUCGUGGACAAAGAAGUUGCCCUUCUACCUGGAGAUACCGGUGGAGAUACACACCAAACUACUGACGGACAAGUGGCACGAGAUCCUUAUCCUGACCACGGCCGCCUACCAGGCGUUGCAUGGUAAGCGGCGCGGCGAGAGCGGUGGCGGUGGCGGAGGCGGAGGCGGAGGCAGCAGGCAUGGGUCGCCGGCGUCAACUCCACUGACCACGCCCACCGGCACGCCGUUGAACACGCCGAUACCCUCGCCCGCCCAGCCACUGCACAAGGACGAUCCGGAGUUUGUCAGCGAGGUGAACUCGCACCUGAGCACCCUGCAGACCUGCUUGACCACGCUGAUGGGCCAGCCGAUAGCGAUGGAGCAGCUGAAGCUGGACGUCGGGCACAUGGUGGACAAGAUGACGCAGAUCACCAUCAUGUUCCGGCGAAUCAAGCUCAAGAUGGAGGAGUACGUCUGCCUGAAGGUCUACAUACUGCUGAACAAAGCAGAAGUGGAACUGGAGAGCAUCCAGGAGCGGUACGUCCAGGUGCUGCGAUCCUACCUGCAAAACUCCUCGCCGCAGAAUCCGCAGGCGAGGCUCAGCGAACUGCUCUCCCACAUACCAGAGAUUCAGGCUGCGGCCAGCCUGCUGCUCGAGAGCAAGAUGUUCUAUGUGCCCUUCGUGCUCAACUCGGCGAGCAUAAGGUAGCAGAUGCUUGAGCACGGAC